GAAGGCGGCGACUGCAAUCCCCACCGGCCGGGGAGCUCAGGUGUCACGUUUGAGAGCGCCACGGUGACAAUGACAGCUGACAAGGAGAAGAAAAGGAGUAGCUCGGAGAGGAGGAAGGAGAAGUCCCGGGAUGCUGCCAGGUGCCGGCGGAGCAAAGAGACGGAGGUCUUCUACGAGCUGGCCCAUGAGCUGCCCCUGCCGCACAGCGUGAGCUCCCACCUGGACAAAGCCUCCAUCAUGCGGCUGGCCAUCAGCUUCCUGCGCACACACAAGCUCCUGUCCUCAGUUUGCUCUGAAAAUGAGUCUGAAGCUGAGGCUAACCAACAGAUGGACAACUUGUACCUAAAAGCGUUGGAGGGUUUCAUUGCCGUGGUGACCCAAGAUGGCGACAUGAUCUUUCUGUCAGAAAACAUCAGCAAGUUCAUGGGACUCACACAGGUGGAGCUAACCGGACACAGUAUCUUUGACUUCACUCAUCCCUGUGACCAUGAGGAGAUUCGUGAGAACCUGAGUCUCAAAAGUGGCUCUGGUUUCGGGAAGAAAAGCAAAGACAUGUCCACAGAGCGGGACUUCUUCAUGAGGAUGAAGUGCACAGUCACCAACAGAGGCCGGACUGUCAACCUCAAGUCAGCCACCUGGAAGGUCUUGCACUGCACUGGCCAGGUGAAGGUGUACAACAACUGCCCCCCUCACAGUGGUCUCUGCAGCUACAAGGAGCCCCUGCUCUCCUGCCUCAUCAUCAUGUGCGAACCCAUCCAGCACCCAUCACACAUGGACAUCCCCCUGGACAGCAAGACCUUCCUCAGCCGCCACAGCAUGGACAUGAAGUUCACCUACUGUGACGACAGAAUCACAGAACUAGUUGGUUACCACCCUGAGGAACUGCUUGGCCGCUCAGCCUAUGAGUUUUACCAUGCUUUGGACUCAGAGAACAUGACCAAAAGUCACCAGAACCUGUGCACCAAAGGGCAGGUGGUGAGCAGCCAGUACCGGAUGCUUGCAAAGCACGGGGGCUACGUGUGGCUGGAGACCCAGGGGACAGUCAUCUACAACCCUCGCAACCUGCAGCCCCAGUGCAUCAUGUGCGUGAACUACGUCCUGAGUGAGAUCGAGAAGAACGACGUGGUGUUCUCCAUGGACCAGACGGAAUCCCUGUUCAAGCCCCACCUGAUGGCCAUGAACAGCAUCUUUGACAGCAGUGGGGAGGUGGCGGUGUCUGACAAGAGUAACUACCUGUUCACCAAGCUGAAGGAGGAGCCCGAGGAGCUAGCCCAGCUAGCGCCCACUGCAGGAGAUGUCAUCGUUUCUCUGGAUUUCGGGAGCCAGAGCUUCGAGGAGGCCUCAUCCUACGGCAGCACCCUGCUGCCCCCAAGCCAGCCGUGGACCAGAGAGCCGAGGAGCCAGAGCGAGCCGGGGAGCCUGCCCGCCUUCACCGUGCCCCAAGCGGCGGCCUCCGGCAGCGCCACCCCAAGUGGCAGCAGCAGCAGCAGCAGCAGCAGCUGCUCCACGCCCAGCAGCCCCGGAGACUAUUACACAUCCCUGAAUGAUGAUCUGAAGAUUGAAGUGAUCGAGAAGCUCUUCACGAUGGAUACAGAGGCAAAGGACCAGGGCGGCACCCAGACGGACUUCAGUGAGCUGGACUUGGAGACCCUGGCACCUUACAUCCCCAUGGACGGUGAAGACUUCCAGCUCAGUCCCAUCUGCCCCGAAGAGAGGCUCCUGCCGGAGAAGCCGCAGUCCACCCCCCAGCACUGCUUCAGCACCAUGACGAACAUCUUCCAGCCACUGGCGCCGAUGGCCUCCCAUGGGCCCUUCCUCCUGGACAAGUAUCAGCAGCAGCUGGGAAGCAAGAAGAUAGAGCCUGAGCACCAGCCUAUGUCCUCCAUCUUCUUUGAUGGCGGGAGUAAGGUGUCACUGGCACCGUGCUGUGGUCAAACCAGCACCCCUCUCUCCUCCAUGGGAGGCAGAUCCAACACCCAGUGGCCCCCUGACCCACCAUUACAUUUUGGGCCCACUAAGUGGCCUGCUGCAGAUCAGCACACGGAGUCCUUGGGGCCAUCACUGUUGGGCGCCCCCAUCACCUCACCUCAUCUCUCCAUGUUCAAGAAAAGGUCUGCAAAGGGCUUUGGGCCCCAAGGCCCAGAUGUGCUGAGCCCAGCCAUGGUAGCCCUGGCCAACAAGCUGAAGCUGAAGCGACAGCGAGAAUAUGAGGAACAAGCCUUCCAAGACAUGAGCGGGGGGGACCCAUCGAGCAGCAGCACCUCGCAUCAGGUGUGGAAAAGGAUGAAGAGCCUCAGGGGCAACGUGAGCUGCCCUCUGAUGCCCAACAAACUGCUGAGCGCAAACCUCCCCAGUGACGAGUUCACCCAAAAUCCCAUGAGGGGCCUCGGACAGCCCCUGAGGCACCUGCCACCACCACCCUCUGCCGGGAGCCGUGGGGAGAACGCCAAGAGGGGGCUCCCCCCGCAGUGUUACGUGCCUCCAUACCAGGACUACAGCCUGCCCUCGGCUCACAAGGUGUCAGGCAUGGCCAGUCGGCUGCUCGGGCCCUCCUUUGAGCCCUACCUGCUGCCCGAAUUGACCAGAUAUGACUGUGAGGUGAAUGUUCCGGUGCCAGGAAGCUCCACGCUCCUGCAAGGAGGGGACCUCCUCAGAGCCCUGGACCAGGCCACCUGAGCCAGGGCUCCCCCUUGGGCGGCUCCCCACCAACCCCCCGCCCCCCCGGCCCACACCGCCCUGCCAGCUUCACUCUCUACGUCUACUUUUGCAACUAGGUAUCUCUAACACCAACACACUUUUUACAAGAUGUACCUACCUGGCAAACCUGCCCACGUCACCAAGUAGUGGCCUUUUUCUAAAGAUGCUCACUUUAGUAGCU